AUUUGCUUCAAUUAGAAUUGUAUUGAGCGAAUAUGCUGGCCCAAGUAUAUAGCUACUAAUAUGCAGUGUUUCUGAGUGUUGGGGCAAAAUAACUGGAUCCCAGGCACUAUAGAAUGAAAAUGGCCAAUAAGAUGUUUCUAUUUAGAAUAAACGGAAUGUGUUUUUAUUAUUUACUAAUCGCCGCAGUAGUUUCGGAAAGCUAUUCUGCAAACGCGAAUCAGGAUGACGUCACAAUAACAGCUGGUGGCGGAUAUUGGAACUUGACACUAGGUGGCAGUGUAGCUUGGGAAGAAACCGGAAGCGGUUCGAUGAGAUUCGUCAUACAAAGCGUCACAUCCGGUUACGUUGCCAUGGCAAUAUCACGUGACAGUUUAAUGGGUGACGACGAUUGCUACAUCUGUAUGGUAGGUGGCGCCACCUCGCGGGGUCUUGUGUGGAAAACAGCAUACCUUCCCCCACACCAAACACCAGUAGAUGUUAAAACAAAGGAAAAGUAUCACUACAAAAUUCGAUUUGUGAAUGGGGUCAUAACGUGCUCGUUUAUUCGGCCUUAUGACGUCACAAAGCGUAUCAAUGGAACAAUGACCACUUGGGAUUUAAACAAUGGGAAGUUCAACCUUCUAUUUGCGAGGGGUUACGUCACAGAUGGUUCGAUGGUUUAUCACAGUGGUGAUCGUGAACGAACAAUGAAAUCGAUAAAGUUUGUUAAGUCGAGCGAUUAUUACGUCACUACAGCGUCUAUGUCGUCAACAACAUCUAGUGGGAGCUUUAAUUCAUUGGAACUGUGGUUAAUGAGUUUGGCUUUGCUGUUAGCAAUGUUAAUCUAACAAUAUAGAACGAUCGACAAAGUGUUUCGGGGGUUUGAGAACAUGAGACAUGCAAUUGUUUGUUUGAAUUUUUUGUAAAAAAACACAGCGAAUCAAGAAAGAGAUACGAAGUAAAAGCAACCAAUAAUCGGAAAAAGUGUUGGAUUCGAAAGAGUUUUUGUUUAUUUUAUGAAUUGUUGGUUUAUUCUUUCUUUUUAAUGCUGGAUUGUUUAUGAACAACGGUACUUUUUGUGUA